UCAAUGGACACAGUGACCUACUUCUAACUGAAUUGAAAGCCGAAUGUUGUCCUAAACCAAUCGAGGUGCGAUUGCUCAUGUUGGGAGGGUUGGAAUGCAAAGAAAGAAAGUGAACUCAUGGGUGUGACAUGCUCUUGGUAGAUGAAAGGUAAACACAAAGAAGGUGAGAUGGAUGGUUGAUAAUUUCACGAGGCUCUCUGGUGAAUCGCGGUUCAUGGACCAUGGUAAGUAUGAAGUAUCAUAUGCAAUAACAUCAACCCCAUAAAAUUCUUUCCAUAACACGACUUCCCAGAUAUCAUAAUAUAACAUUAUCUCAAAAUGAGGACACAACACAAAAAGAAAAACAAACACAAAAUUGCUCAAAAAAUAUUUACAAUGAAGGUUAAGUUUCGUGCAUCUCAACACACAAUUUCCAUAACAAUAUUACAUAACAAAUAAAAAAUUACAAUAAAAAAAUGUGCAAACAAAAAAUAAGAAAACAUGUGACACCACUUACGUUUCAACUAUGCAUGCAUAUAAAUUAAGAACCGAAAACCGAAUUGAAGGCAAUAAAAAAAGACAGUCUAAAACUAAACAGAAAUUCACAAACAAUUGAGCGGUUUAUAUAUUUUUGAAGCUGAAAAAUCGAAAAUCGUAUCAUAGAGCAAAAUAAGAACUUAUAAUAGGCAUUCUAUUUAGUUAUAAAAUUACCAUAAAAUUCAAAUAUUAUUUAUAAACCAAAUACCCGAAAGUUUGAAAUAAAAUAACAUGUGCCACCACUGAACACGUGCAACAAAUAAAUACAAUAAAAAAUAUGCAAACAAAAAAUAACAAAACAUGCGUAUCACUAUGAUUUCAACUAAACAUGCGUAUCACUAUGGUUUCAACUAUGCCUCAACAUAUUAAUUAGGAAGAAAAAAUCUGAAUCGAAGCCGACAAAAAAUGAAUCUGAAACUGAAAUAUUUCCCAAAUAACCGAGCAGUUCAUAUAUUUCUGAAACUGAAAAACCGUGUUGCAACCGAACAAAGAACCGGAUGAGUACUUAAAAUAUAAAUUAUAUUGAGUUUUAAAAUUACCAAAACUUAUAUUGCUAAAAUAUGAAAUACCCAAAUAUUUAUUUAUCCAAAAUAUUUAAAAUUAUUUGAAUUACCGAAAUAUUAGAAUUAUCCAAAUAGUUUUUGUUUCAAUAUUAAAAUUUAUCUGGAUUAUCCGAUAUUAAAUCCCAAAACUGAAAAGAUCUGAUUUUACCUGAAUUAUCCAAAAUUAACCAAAACCAGAACUGAAUUGGAAUAAAAGCUUAUUGGAUAUUAGUUGGUUCUUACGAUUGGUACCCGAACUAAACCAAAGACCAAAAUAACCAAACCAAAACUAAAGAAAGUUUCAUAAAUAAUUGAAUGGUUCAUAUAUUUCUUGAACCUAAAAAAACAAAAGACCGAGAAAAACAAAAUGGAACUGAACCGAAAAUUGAACAUUCUUGCAUAGUUUCAACUGUUUGAGACCAAUUCAGCACAUAUCUAAAAAGAAAAAAAAACUAUACUUAAUGAUAAAUAGUAUAUAUAGUAGAAUUUUUUUUAAAAUAAAUAAACCAGUAAGUAUAUACAAACAUAACUUAUAUUUAACCGAAUAUAAUACAUUCCGCGCGAAGCGCGGACAUACCACUAGUAAGGAAUAAGGAAUAAGGAAAAAAAAAAAAAAAAAAAAAAAAAAGAGGAAUAAGGAGGAAAAGCUGGAAUAAUUAGGAAGAAAUAUAAUGAUGAGGGGGCCAACUGACAUGGAAAAAUAUGAAGCGAGAGAGAGAGAUAAAAAGAACAAUACAAGACAACAGAAGAAGAUGGUUUUAAGAAACAGUGAGAGGAGCUUAAGCCCAAACCGUUUUUUUCUAAAGAAUGGCUGCUACUACUGGUCCUGACUUGUGUGUGCCAUUGAUUGUUUUCUCUCUCUCUCUCUCUCUUUUGUCUCUUUUGACGCGGGGCAUGGAAGAAGAGUUUGCCAUGCUCAGACAGCUCAUCGGACAGCUUCAAGAGCUCUUGCACAACAGCUCUCCUCCUCCCCCUUCGCCUCCCUCCUCUUCGUCUUCUUCUCCGUCGUUUGUAGUUCUCCACAACCCUCAGCAUCAGAACCGAUGCUGCUGUUUGCCCUUAUUUGACGACACUUCUUCUUCUGAUGUUUCUUGUGAUACUCUAAUGGCUGCUGGAAAGAGGCCCCGGUACUUGAAGAUGUUAGAUACUGCCAAGCGUUCUCGAAAACAAAAGAAUCAAGUAAAAUCCUGCACGGAAGCAGGUGAUGGCAUCAUGGAUCAAGAACUCUGGCAGGGGUUCCCUCAAGAUAUCUUUGAAUCUGUUCUUUCUAAACUACCCGUUGCUACACUCUUCCAGUUCCGGUCAGUUUGCCGCAAAUGGAACUCUCUCAUCGAUUCAGAUAGCUUCUCCAAAUCCUGCACCGACCUUCCUCAGACCAUCCCGUGGUUCUACACCAUAACCCACGAGAAUGUCAACUCGGGACAAGUCUACGACCCUUCUUCCAAGAAAUGGCGACAUCCGGUUAUCCCUGCACUACCCAAGAAGAGCAUUGUCUUGCCAAUGACUUCUGCGGGAGGUUUAGUGUGCUUCCUCGACAUUGGUCAUCGCAACUUCUACGUGAGCAACCCGCUGACCAAGUCCUUCAGAGAGUUGCCCGCUAGGUCGUUUAAGGUAUGGUCUCGUGUUGCUGUAGGAAUGACUCUUAACGGAAACUCCACCAGCGAUGGGUAUAAGGUCUUGUGGGUUGGGUGCGAAGGAGAGUAUGAAGUCUAUGACUCCUUGAGAAACGUGUGGACCAAACGAGGGACCAUCCCUUCCAACAUAAAGCUCCCAGUACUGCUCAACUUUAAGUCACAGCCUGUGGCUAUUAACAGCACGCUUUACUUCAUGUUAACGGAUCCGGAAGGGAUACUGUCCUACGACAUGGUCUCUGGGAGAUGGAGGCAGUACAUCAUACCGUGUCCGCCGCACCUGAGCGAUCACACGCUAGCUGAGUGCGGAGAGAGGCUGAUGCUGGUGGGUCUUGUGAGCAAAAACGCAGCCACGUGCGUUUGCGUAUGGGAGCUGCAGAAGAUGACGCUGCUGUGGAAGGAGGUUGACAGAAUGCCAAACGUAUGGUGCUUGGAGUUUUACGGAAAGCACGUUAGGAUGAAUUGUCUAGGCAACAAAGGUUGUCUGAUGUUGUUGUCCUUGAGGUCCAGACAGAUGAACCGUCUGAUAAUGUACGAUGCUGUUGCUAAGGAGUGGGGCAAGGUCCCUGGAUGUACCGUUCCUCGUGGGAGGAAGAGACUUUGGAUCGCUUGCGGGACAGCGUUUCAACCUUCCCCUACGGCCAGGGCUUGAUCUUCUCUCUUCUCUCUUCUCUCUUCUCUUCUCUCCUCUCUUCUCUUGUUCAGUUUUAUGUACGGUUGGUUUGUUUGUUUUGAUUAGUGGGACUGUAAUUGUAAUAUAGAAAAACAUUUGGUAUUGUAAUGAGUAACUUGGGCUGUGUUAUAACCGCUUGGAAAGUGAAACUGUUUUAACCCUUUUUGUAUUUAGUAUCAACUACAUGAACCAAAAGUAAAAGGGCAUCUAAUAAGUUUAAGAAAACAUUUAACGUUUGGAUAUAAUAUCUUCAAGAAAACAUUCUGCAUAACAUUAGUAUUGUGGUAAAACAGAAAGUUAACACAUUGUACAGUACAAAGG